AUGUCGACUAAAGCGAGCAAGAAAGCCGCCGCGGCGGCGGCGAGCGUCGGCUCCGCACAGCCGCAGCCCAACACGUCGACGCCGAUCGGCCGGCGUCCUGGAAGUCCUCUCAGUCCAACGCGGUACUCGCGUCUCCAGGAAAAGCAGGACCUGCAGAAUCUCAAUGAUCGCUUGGCCUGCUAUAUCGAGAAGGUACGGCACCUAGAGACCGAGAACUCCCGGCUCACGCGGGAAGUCCAGACCUCCCAGGAGACUGUCACAAGGGAAGUUUCCAACAUCAAGUCUAUGUAUGAACAUGAGCUCUCCGAUGCUAGGAAACUGCUCGAUGACACUGCCAGGGAACGGGCCAAGCUUGAGAUCGACACAAAGCGUCUCUGGGACGACAACGAGGACCUUAAAAUUAAAUUGGACAAGAAGACCAAAGAUCUGCAAGCGGUGGAGAGGAGUCUGUCGAUAUAUGAAAAUCGGUGCAGCGACUUACAGUCUCAGUACAAUCAGUCCCAGGCCGAGAGGAAGAAACUGGCCGAGAGGGAACGCGAAUUGGAGAAGGAAGUCGAACGGCUGAAGAGCAUGCUCGACGAUACCCGCAAGCAUCUCGAAGAGGAGACUCUGCAGCGCAUCGAUCUCGAGAACAAUAUUCAAAGUCUGAAAGAGGACAUCAGCUUCAAGGAUCAAGUCUAUCAGCAGGAGCUUACGGAGACUCGUACGAGACGUCAGGUCGAAAUCUCUGAGAUCGAUGGACGUUUAGCUGAACAAUACGAGGCCAAGUUACAACAGUCGCUGCAAGAGUUGCGCGACCAGUAUGAAGGUCAGAUGCGAGCCAAUCGCGAAGAAAUCGAAUUGCUGUACGAAAACAAGAUCAAGAACUUAACAUCCCACGCCCAGCGUAACAGUGGUGCUGCGAGUUUAGCGGUGGAGGAACUGCGGCAAACGAGAACCCGUAUCGACAGUCUUAACCAACGCAUUAAUGAACUUGAGGCCAGCAACAACGCCCUUAAUUCUCGAAUUAGGGAUUUGGAGAAUUUGCGUGAGAACGAGAGGGCUCGCCACACUGAAAACCUGGCCGCUCUGGAAGCGGAACUGGCUCGAAUGCGCGACGAAAUGGCUCAACAAUUGCAGGAAUAUCAGGACCUCAUGGACAUUAAGGUUGCUUUGGACCUCGAGAUUGCAGCUUACAGGAAGCUCUUAGAAUCCGAAGAAGCCAGAUUGAACAUCACGCCGAUACAAUCGCCGGGGUCGUCUAUGUCAGGCAGCAGAAGCACCCCGUCCCGGCACACACCGAUCAGAGGUGGGAAACGAAAGCGCACUCUUCUGGAGGAAAGCGAGGAACGCAGUAGCAGCGAUUACAGUGUAUCUGGCACCGCUAGAGGCGAUGUUGAAAUUACUGAAGCAGAUCCACAGGGUCGAUUUGUCAAGUUGACUAACAAGGGCAAUAAGGAACUCUCGCUGAGUGGGUGGCAAAUCAUUCGUAAGGCGGGAACUCGGGAAACUACCUUUAAGUUUCACCGCACAGCUAAGAUUGAUUCCGGUGCCAGCGUAAUGGUUUGGUCCGCUGAUAUAGGUGCUACUCAUGAGCCACCGUCUAAUAUAGUAAUGAAGGGACAGAAGUGGUUUACAGCGGACAAUAUGACGACUACACUUCUCAAUAAUGAGGGAGAGGAAGUAGCAACGUCCGAACGCAAGAGGCAACAACUGACAACAUCUCUUUCUCGACACAGAGAAAAUUUGGGGUUUAGAGCAUCCGAGGAGUUGCAUCAUCAACAGAGAAGGUAUCUCUACCCAUAUUAAGCGUGAAGACACGGCUCCGAUGUGCAGCCUAUGGGGAUCCACAGGGUGAAGAUCGCUGUCGCCUUAUGUGAACCUGAAGAAUUAAUAACAUCAAAAUUUUAUGCAAGAGAAAUUUUUGUAUUAAGCUUAUAAGAAUUUAGUGUCUUGAACUGCUAAAAUCGUCUAUAGGAUGAGACGACUGCAUCCUUAAUAUAAGAGUUUAGCGUUAUCAUGUAAUCUCAGAAUAAACAGUCUUCUGGAAGCCCUGGAUAAAGACAAAACAGAUAUAAACAAGAAUCAGAAUCUUGUAACUUGUCGCGAGAGUUUUUAUCAGCGACUUUAUGAUUUAAUUGGUUCUUGCUCAUAAUCCUGCGGCUAUAAACUUGAAAUGAUAUUUUCGGGCACUGAGGUCUCCACUGUAUGGCAAAACCAUGAACAAUAUUUAAUGGAUAGUUAAACUACUUUCCUUAACGAUCACAGUCAAGAUUAUACUACACAGAGAAUGUCUUGCGGUAACAAACAUGUCACUGUAUUUGGUCUCAAUAGUACACUGAUUGUUUGUUGCCACGGGAUAUUUAUUUUGCUUAGGUUGGACAUUUUUCAGGUAAUUUCUUUUUGCUGGUGUGCAGUACAAAACAGUCUUCUACGAAGUGAGUAAUAUGCUCCUCGAUUAAUGUGUUGCAAUGAGUAGUUUUAUACUUUUAGUAUGUUUAAUCAAAUCACAUAAUAUUUUCGCAUAAUGAAAUAUGGGUCAGUGUUGUUCAAUUAAAUAAAGUUCCACUAUGUGGAAGUAAGAAGGAUAAGUAGAUGAUAUAUCCAGGAAACAAAUGCGAGCCUUGCAUUUAUCUUAAAUAUGCAGACUGUGAAAUCCGUCAAGGAUGUAAAUUACUUGGUUUUUUUACUUGUACUCCUCUUUAUCUCGUUAAUAAAAGAAACCUAACCAAUUAACCAUACAAAUAUUGUCAUAUUUUUAUGUUUAAUAGCAAUUCAAGUUCAUAUGUAACUAGAGUAAAAAUGGAAGUACUAGAUAAACGUUUAAACUUUGACCUUGGUAAAAAUACUUUAUUCAUAAUGAUUUAAAUCGUUACUACAUUAUAUUGUUUUGAAGCCAGUAUUUAAUAUUAUUUUGACAAUGAAAGAGGCAGGCUAUGGUUACGUUUUCUUUUUUUUUUUUUCUUUAUUUUACCAGUAAAAUUUUAUUGAAAUUAUAUGCAAAUGUAAAAUAUAUUCAAGUGUUCGUUUUCUAUACUGAGAAUUAACAUUAGAUUAAAUGUAUAUGUAAAAAAAAGUUGUAUGUACAUGUAUACACAAUUCCUCCUUUAUUUUUGUGACGAAACUGUAAAGUGCACUGCGUUUCUGUAUACUGGAAUUUGUGUGUAAUAAAGAGGAAAAAUGCAAGGA